AAAUAAAGACAAAUUAUGUGACGUUUUAAACGUAAAGGCAUUCUGACACCUGUUGCAGACCUUUGGACCAUGUGGUGACGUGCUGUGUGCCAUGCAGAGGAGACACAGCAGCAACACGGAUGGCAUGCCCACUGAAAGGAGUCGAAGCCAAACUCUAGGAUCAGAGAGCAGCCUGGAUGAAGGUGGCGUGUUCGACUGCCUGAAGUCGGACACCCAGACUUCACCCCAACAACUCCUCUCUGGUUUGGUGGGUGUGCCUUCUGGCUCUGUCUCAUCUGCACCCUUCCAGGCAGCCAGCUUAGUCCUGGGCUCUCCCCCUGAAGUUUUUAUCCAGAUGACUACAUCCUCCAGAGAGGAAGGUGGUCCCCACCGCACAGAGGGUGGUCCCUUUCUUCCUCGACCACCCCAGCAUCACCAUCAUCAUCACCACCACCACUUUCAUCAUCAGCCCCUGCAGCACAGAAACACCUCUCUACUCCAACAGGCCACCACAGCAGCUACUUCAGAGAGCCAUGGGUCGAGAGAGGAAGCCCAAGAGGACCCGUCCACCCCAGCCCCGGCCUUGUCUGAGCUGAAGGCAGUCGUCACUUGGCUGCAGAGGGGCUUCCCCUUUAUUCUCAUUCUUUUGGCUAAAGUGUGUUUUCAGCAUAAGCUAGGUAUUGCUGUGUGUGUGGGCAUGGCCAGCACGUUUGCAUAUGCCAAUUCCACCUUUAGGCACCAAGUAGCUUUACGGGAGGCGCGCUCUGUGUUUGUGGCCCUGUGGAUCAUGAUGUUUCUUGCAGUAAAUGUUGUGUAUAUCUACUACACAUUCAGUCAUGAGGAGCUAUACAACAGCCUCAUGUUUUCCAGACCCAGCCUCAACAGUUUUGACUUCUUCGAUCUCAUUUGGGCAGUCGGCAUCACUGACUUUGUUCUUAAAUACGUCACAAUCAGCUUGAAAUGUUUUGUCCUCUUUCUUCCAAAGAUUCUGCUUGCUUUCAAAUCCAGGGGAAAGUUCUACUUGCUGAUUGAGGAACUGAGCCAGUUGUUUCGGGCAGUCGUACCCAUCAAGCUGUGGUACAAGUACAUCAUGGGGGAAGACCCUUCUAAUAGCUACUUACUGGGAGCCACUCUGAUCAUCAUCUACACACUCUGCAAGUCUUUUGACAUAUGUGGACGUGUAACUGCAAUACACAAGGCUUUGAUCAUCUUCUGCAGCUCCCAGAGUUACGGAGUGAGAGCAGGCGGUCAGCAAUGCAGUGAGGCGGGUGAUGUCUGUGCGAUUUGUCAGGCUGACUUCAAAGACCCCAUCACUCUUCUCUGUCAGCACGUGUUCUGUGAGGAUUGCCUGUCUUUGUGGUUUGACCGUGAAAGAACAUGUCCCCUGUGUCGCUCUACUGUCAUUGAGACGCUGCGUUGCUGGAAGGACGGCACCACCUCUGCUCACUUCCAGAUCUACUGAAAUCGGACACGGGCACCAGGAGGAGCGAUGUGAUACACACAUGACCUCACGGGGUGUCUCUCUGACUCUGGGCCAGUGAAUGCAGCUCCACUUUAAUGUACUGUUGUUCUAAAGGGUCUCAAUAUUGACACCAUCUGUAGGAGC